AAGAAAAGCAGUUUUCAGUUUAUACCUUUUUAAUCUAUUUUCUGCAACAACCAUUCCUUGGCAUAAAUCCCAAGACAGAAGCCAACAAAGCAAGCAACUUGGACACCAUCAUUGACCCAUCUUGCUAUGCUUGCUUCCCUGUUCCAACUCCUUCUCUGUAUAAAAACCCAACAAGGACCAAUCAAACAAACUUAAACUUAACUAACCUCAAAAACAUUCAUGGCAAAUCCAAGAUGGGUUUUUGGUGUUAAGACCUUCUUGAUCUUUAUCAGCCUUUAUCUCUCUCUGGCUAGCUGUGUGAUUGCAACUUCUUUGGAAGACUCAGUUGCGCAACAGAAACUUGAUAAGGUUCAUAAGCUUCCUGGGCAGACUUUUAAUGUGAGCUUUGCACACUAUGCUGGUUAUGUUACUGUCAACGAAGUUUCAGGGAGAGCUCUGUUUUAUUGGUUCUUGGAAGCUACUGAGGAUCCUGAUUCCAAGCCUCUUCUUCUCUGGCUCAAUGGAGGGCCUGGAUGUUCAUCCAUUGCUUAUGGUGAAGCAGAGGAAAUAGGUCCAUUUCACAUUAGGCCAGAUGGAAAGACCCUUUACUUGAACCCUUACUCUUGGAAUAAAGUUGCCAACGUUCUAUUUCUUGACUCUCCUGUUGGAGUUGGUUAUUCAUAUUCGAAUACUUCCUCUGAUUUGCUUAACAAUGGUGAUAAAAGAACUGCUAACGACUCGCUGACAUUUUUGCUAAAGUGGCUUGAGCGCUUUCCUCAGUAUAAAGAAAGGGAUUUCUACAUUUCUGGAGAGAGCUAUGGAGGGCAUUAUGUUCCACAGCUAAGCCAAGCCAUUGUAAGAUACAACGGGGCAACCAAGCAAAAAACAAUUAAUCUAAAGGGUUAUAUGGUUGGAAAUGCUCUAACUGAUGAUUACCAUGACCAUUUGGGGCUCUUUCAAUUUCUAUGGUCAGCUGGUUUGAUAUCUGAUGAAACGUACAAGCUAUUGAAUGUACUAUGCGAUUUUGAGUCAUUUAUCCACUCCUCAAGUUCUUGUGACAAGAUUAUGGACGUUGCAAGUGAAGAAAUGGGAAAUAUUGACCCAUAUAGCAUCUUCACUCCCAGCUGCUCCGCCAAUGUUAGCCAGUCAAAGUGGCUGCUGAAAAGAAGGCUUAUGGUUGGCCAGCUCAGUGAAAAGUAUGAUCCUUGCACUGAGAAGCACUCAGAAGUGUACUUCAAUCUACCUGAGGUGAAACAGGCACUCUAUGUUUUACCAGAAGUUGCAGCAUCUAAAUGGGAGACGUGCAGUGAUAUCGUAAAUAUCAACUGGAAGGAUUCUCCAAGAACUGUGCUUGAUAUUUACCGUGAGCUUAUACAUGUAGGACUUCGCAUAUGGAUAUUCAGUGGUGACACAGAUGCUGUAAUCCCAGUUACAUCCACCCGCUACAGUAUAGAAGCUCUCAAGCUUCCAACUGUGAGGCCUUGGCGCCCCUGGUAUGAUGAUGGACAGGUAGGAGGAUGGACUCAAGAGUAUGCUGGACUUAACUUUGUUUCAGUGAGGGGAGCUGGGCAUGAAGUCCCCUUGCAUAGACCCAAACUAGCUCUCACGCUUGUCAAAGCAUUCCUGUCAGGAACCUCCAUGCCUGGCUUGGAGCAAGUCAGUGUCUCCUGAAUUUGGGUUGAAUGUUUCUCAAAUGAGGAAUAAAGCAUCUCUGUUAUUUGACUGUAAUGUUCAUGUGGAACCCACAGCCAUUUCUUCUUUCCCCAAAAAUAUCCAAUCAACAUUCAUCAAAAUGUUUCAAUUGAAAUGUGAACUGUGCUGAAAUUAUUGGAAAUGGGUUAACUCGGAGACUUGUCCCUUUUGAAUUUAGCAUCUCAUUUGUCAUGCAUGGUUGCAUGGUUGAUAUAA